AUGCCAUUGUAUGAAAUCGAGCACAGCAUCCCCCUGGACAAGUCACAGCGCGAUGAACUUGCCCAGGCCAUCACCCACAUCCACACCCGCAAGUUUGCCACACCUAGCUUGUUCGUGAACAUUCGUUUCAUAGAUGCCAACCGCCAGCAUAAUUAUGUAGCGGGAAAGGAGCGUGCCAUCAACCGCCUCAUGGCAUAUGUUCGGGCGGGUGGAACACGAACAACGGCUGAUUUCGAUGACCUUUCCCAGCGUGUCUCGGAUGCUUGGGGUAAAGUCGUCAAUAAGAACGAGGAGGCUUCGAAGGAGAGACAACUGAAUGCUGUGUUUGUGCUGGGUGCAAUAACGACCGGCACGGAGAAUGGGUUUCUGCUACCGCGGGUAAGAGAUACUAUUGUUCAUAUCAUGCACACCUUGGUAUUCUGGUGGAAAGCAGUGUUUGCUGGGGAGGAUGCUAGUUGGCUCAAGUCUAAUGCUUCGAAGUUCGAGGAGUUGGCGAAGGAAGGGGAUGGUGAUUUUGCUGAAUUGGUUGGGGAGAUAAGGAGUAGGGAUGAUCUAUCUGUUUAA